GAACCAAAUUAAAUGAAGGUUUGAAAACCAAAUUAAAAUUAGUGUUAUCCACUCCCUCCCACCACUCGCACCCAUCGCCCUAAAUCAUCUGCGCACAGCAUAAGAUAAUAGAGAAAACUGCACUUCCCUAACAAUGGCGACGCUAACAGCUGCACUAGGUCCAGUAAUGGCAGGCAUGGCCGUGGCGAAAUCCCAAAACUUGAACAGAAUUUCAUUCAGGAGCUCAGAAUCGUACCAGGAAAUUGGCUCGCUCGCGUCCCAGUUUAGUGGCGUCAAAAUCUCGACAACCCACUUUCUUAAAAUCUCCCCUGUUCCGUUUUCUGCGCCACUCAGGUCCCUACGGACUGUUGCUAGUAGGGUUUGCCCUUUCACUGGUAAGAAAUCAAACAAGGCAAACCAGGUUUCUCAUUCAAACCACAAGACGAUUAAAAGACAGUUUGUGAACCUGCAGUACAAGAGAAUGUGGUGGGAAGCCGGUAAACGCUAUGUGAAGCUUCGAUUGUCAACCAAAGCUAUAAAGACCAUUGAAAAGAAUGGACUUGACGCAAUGGCUAAGAAGGCUGGAAUUGAUCUCAGUAAAAAGUAAUUCUGGUCGUGAAUUAUUCUCCUAUCAGUGGAGAACAGGGGAAAACGGCAGAAAAAAAGAAAAGAAAAAAAAAAUCGAUGAUUUUGGUUUUCCACAAGUUCUUCUGUUCAUUUUUAUGCUUGGAUCUUCUCUAUCCUUUGUACGAGAAAUUCUACUGCUUGUUUUGUUCUUUGUACAAUCUAUUAGUAGUUGCAUGGAUGUUUUUCCCAUUUUGAGCCCCUCAAGAAAUAUGUUCUUUCAUUAAAGCCUCAAAUAAUUUCAAACGAUUUCCCCAGAAAUUUAGCUAAAUCUGCA